AAUCAAAAAUAUUCACGAGUUUGUAAUCUAAAGGGCUAAACAUGGAUUCACCAAUCAUUCCCAAACUAACCUGGCAAGAAUGGAAACAAGUUCUUCAUGGAUUUCAUCCUGGUAAUCCAACAUUUCUUGAAAAAGAUUACCCUUCUUUAGAUGGUAAAGUGGUCAUUGUAACUGGUGGAAGUACCGGUGUGGGAUACCAAGUAGUUAAAUCACUUGCUGGUUCAACUAAUGCCAAAAUAUACAUAUUUUCUCGAAAUCAGCAAAAGGCUAGGGAUGCAAUUGAAAGAAUGAAAUUGGAAAUUGCUGAAGAAUAUCUGAAGGCAGUGGAUGAAUCUAUCAAAUUCGUUCAAGUAGACCUAAGUGACUUAACUACUAUAAAACCAGCCGUGAGUGAGUUCCUACAGGCUGAAGACAGAUUAGAUAUAAUAAUACACAAUGCAGGAAUAAUGAUGCCACCGAGAGGAUCAGUUACUAAACAAGGCUAUCAAAUGGAAUUAGGUACCAACAACAUUGGACCUCAAUUGCUUCAGAAUUUGCUUGAUCCAAUAUUCAUAAAGACAUCAUCUACUAACAAACCAAAUGAAUCAAGAAUAGUGUGGAUUGCUUCAACUUCCCAUUUCUUUUCCCCCUUGCAUGGCAUCAACUGGAAUGAUCCAAAUUACAGGCAAGUCACGAAUGUCCCGUUGAAGCAAAUGUAUUCCCAAUCUAAAGCAAUCAAUAUAAUUCAAGCCCAGCAAUGGCCCGUGUAUCAUCCAGAAGCUACCAAUGCAGUCAGUAUUUCUGUAUGUCCGGGAUAUUUGAAAACUGAAUUACAAAGAAAUACAACUUGGUUACAACAAUUAGGAUACUCUUUAUUGUUCCAUAAUCCGAGAUAUGGAGCAUAUACCGAAUUAUUUGCAGCUUUGUCUCCAGAUAUAACUUCAGCCAAUAAUGGCCAACACGUGAUUUCUUUUGGCCACUUUGGGGAAAUAAGAAAAGAUCUUGAAGAAAAAGAAAAUUCUAAUAAGGUUUGGAACUUCUUACAAGACCAAAUAAAUCAAUAUGUAUAGGCGAUUAAUACACAAUUAAAUAGGUUU